AUGUGCGUAAAACAUGAGCCAGCUUGCAAGAAGCUGAGUAAACUCAACAGAAAACCAUUUGAUUCUGGAAAGCAGCGAGCAACUGGAAGUGACAUUACGUAUGCCGACGUAAAACGAGCUCAGAAAGAACGAGAAAAGCUCGGUGGAGUAUUCCCGCGCCCGCAAACCAAUUGGAAAGAACGACACGAGACAUUCAUUGACGCAGUUUCUUCAUCUAAAAAAGUCGACUAUGCCAUUAAAACGGGCGCCCCACUACCUCCUCCUCCUCGAACAGCAGUGCCAAGCGACUACUCUAUCCCAUCUCCUGAUGCCUCCUCAGAUGAGAGCUGUUGGGAACAAGACGAAAAUCGCAAUUACACACGGGAUUAUGAGCAAGAGUAUAACACGGAAAACAUCCAUGGUGUGUAG